UCACAGGCAAGCACGCAGUCGCCUCGCCAGCUCGCCUCCUCGAAAACCUCCAAGCUUAAACCCCCUUCUCUCUCUUUCUCACUCACCCCAGUACCCCACUGAACACUCCAGUACUCCACUCCUCACCGCCCCGAGUGCCAAGAGCCCAAGAUCCCCCAAUACCUAGACUACCCGAUCGCCGGCCGCCGGGCCUCAUCCGGCGCGCGCGGAAUGGGGAAGCGCAAGGGGAGGACGCCGGCAGUGACGCCCCCUAGCGGCGAAGAUGGGAGCGGGAGCAAGCCACCGCCGGAGUGGACGACAGAGGAGGACCUGUGCUUCGUCUGCAAGGACGGCGGCGACCUCCGCCUCUGCGACUACAGGAAUUGCCACAAGGCUUAUCAUCCUGAGUGUGUGGGAAAGGACGAUGAUUUCCUCAGUUCGGAUGAAAAAUUCAUCUGCGGUUGGCAUACAUGCUUUAUUUGCAAAGGCCGUUCGUACUAUCGGUGCUUCUGCUGUCCGGACAAGUCUGUUUGUCUUGGUUGCCUGACCCAAGCAGACUUUGUGCAAGUAAGAAGGCAAACGGAGGGAUUCUGCACCGACUGUCUAAGGCUGGCAAUCAUGAUUGAGAAGGAAGUUGAAGUUGACUCUGAUGGGGAGAAAGUUGAUUUCGAUGACAGGGAGACUUAUGAAUUUUUGUUUAAGGAGUACUGGGAGAUAGUUAGGGGAAAAGAGGGCUUGACAUUGGAUAACCUUCAAGAAGCUGAUGCUUAUCUAAAGAAUCAAGUAUCAGAUUCAGAGAAUCUUCCUGAAGAAGAGCACAACUCAGAUGAUAAUUUCUUGGGCGAUAGUGAUGAUGAGCCAAUUUGCCUAUCUAAUGUCAAAGGAACAUCAAAUAGAGUGAAAUCUUUUCUGAAACAAGGAAAAUCAAAGAAGAGUAUCUAUGUUGGCUGGGGUUCAAAAGAGCUGAUUGGAUUCCUUGCAUCUAUAGGGAAAGAUACAACCAAAUCACUAGAUCAAUUUGGUGCUGCUGAAGCUGUCAGGGAGUACAUUCGACAGAAAGAUCUUUUGCAGAAAGAUAAGAAAAGGCAUGUCAUAUGUGAUGACAAACUCUGUUCUUUGUUUAGGAAACCGAAGUUGAAGUACAACAAGAUAUAUAGCUUGCUUGAAAAGCAUAUUUCUGCUAAUGCCAUAUCAGAGGAUGAAACACAUUCUAGUUCUGAGGACAACAGUGAUUCAUCUGUGAAAAAGAAAACUCGGACCAUGAUCUCUGAAUCCUGUACACCUAAACGGAUUUCUGAAAGAGAUAAGAGAUGCUUUGCUGCUCUUGUUCGUGACAACAUUAAGUUAAUCUAUUUGAAGAGAUCGUUGGUUAUGGAUCUGCUAAAGCAUCCAGAGACAUUUGAAAAUAAAGUCAUUGGCUGUUUUGUUAGAGUAAAGAAUGAUCCCAAAGACUAUAGUUACAACAAGCAUAAAAAAUUGUACCAGCUCGGACAAGUGACUGGCAUCAGGAAAUCUUCAGAAGAAUACAAGAUAAGGGACACAUCUACAGAUAUGCUUUUAUGUAUUUCGAGCAGCUCGGCUGAAGUCAAAAUUUCUAUGUUGUCAGAUGAAGACUUUGAAGAGGAGGAAUGUGAAGAUCUUCGUCUGUUGGCCCAGAAAGAACACUGUAAAAGGCAUACUGUUGCUGAGCUUGAGGAGAAACUGAGAAGUGUACAGAGGGACAUAGUCAGUCAUUGGAUCAAUAAAGAACUUCAGAGACUGGAAAAGUUAAUUGACCUGGCAAAUGAGAAAGGUUGGCGAUAUCAAAUGCGUGAAUACAUUGACAAGAGACAGCUAUUGCGCACACCAUCAGAAAGACAACGUCUUCUUGAAGAGGUCCCACGAGUUAUACCAGAUUCAGAAGAUAACGAAGACACCGAAUUAUUAGUUGCAGCUUCGGACAAGCCUUUACAGAAAAAUACAUCUGUUUUACAAGGUGCCAAUGGGGAGAAAACUGUUUGCCUGGAAAGCUGCUCUGAAGAAAUUUUUAGAGGUGCCAAGAGGGAGAAAGAUGUUUGUUUGAGACAUUGCUCAAAACAAAAACCUAAAGGUGCCAAUGAGGAGAACGCUUUUUGCAUGAAAAGUUGCUCAGAAGAUAAAUUUAAAGGUGCCAAUGAGGAUAAAGCUGUUUGCUUGAAAAUUUCCUCAGAAGAAAAAGCUAAAGACACUAAAGCCCACGCUGUUGGUGAUACAAUUACACCCAGGACAGAUGUUCAAAACCAGGGCACUCAAGCUAGUGAAGUCAAUGUUGCAGGUGGGAAAGACAAUGUGGAUGGUGCUAAACCUGGAAUGCAUGUUCAAAAGCAGGGUAAUGAAGCUAAUGCAGCUGGGAUCACAGCUCAAGUUAUUAUCAUUGACGAUGAUGAAGGUGCGAACAGCACUGUUGAUCAGAAUGCUGAUGAAUCUUGGUGCGCUCACGUGAUGCAACACAAGACAAAGCACACGACCAUGUGGUAUUACAUGGAUCCUCACGGUGACGAGCAAGGCCCGUUUCCAAUAGAGAGCCUGCGUAGUUGGAAGAAAGCCGAUUACUUCGACGAUGACUUCAGAGUCUGGAGAGCAGGUGAAUCUUGUGACAAGGCCAUUUUGCUCACAGAUGCUCUGCGCCUGAAAGGUUGAGACUGCUUCGGGUCCUCAUGUCCUAGCAAGUUAGAUGUAUGCAUGGCAUCACAGGUAUCCUCUUGUUUGUAAUAUAACUGUGGGAGGGAGGGCCAGACAGAGCCUCUGCAGUGUAUGCAUUACCUGAUCCUAGCUAAGUUAGAAACGUUUAGCCUGUGGCCUUUAGGCAUGGGGAUGAAUGUACUUUGGGCCCAUAAACCAGCUUCAGAUGUUGACUCCAUUGCGCGCAAGUAUUUUUCUGGGAUGAAUGGCGAUUUGUCAGCUUGGCACAGAACCAGGUUCAA